CUUCAACAGCUACAUUCACCUUCCAACACUACAUCCGAAAAAAUCUGAACUCUACAACAUGCAGUCGUUGGUGUAUCUGAUAUUCGUUGCCUUCAGCACCUGUCAGGCGCACUACAGAGGUUCCUAUGACUCCCGCAACUUCAUUACCAGAGACGAACCAACGAUUAAAGGUGUGCUGAUCGAAUGCCCGGUAUGCGACCAGACUGACCAUUGGAUGGCCAACACUGAGGAAUGUCCCAUCAGAAACGGCAGCAAGACCUUCAAAAUUUGCAAGUUUGGAACAUACACCAACGAAGUUUGCGGAAAGCGACCUGACUGCUUCAGCGGCCCUGGGGAACAAUGCACUGAGAAACGUGAAUUUGACAUGUAUGGCAAGAAGUGCGCUCCCGGCUAUUAUUGCAACAAAAUGGAAGGAGUCUGCACUGGACUCGAGUUCCAACUGGACAACAACUGGCAGUGGAAGAUGUUCCCGUUCACCGGAGUCCGCAGCGAACUAAGAAACCAACCCGAAGACUCCAAAUUCUCCUUCGAAGGGAUCCGCAACUAAAACUCGACAUCCUAGUCUACCAAGGGACCAUCCUAACUUGACCUCCCUGAUCUCAACCCUAGUCAUAUUUUAUCUAAACAAUUAUAAUUUGUAAUCAACAUUCCUAAUAGUGAUCUCAAUUUUAUUGUUCUUACUUUUUUGUACGAAAGAAUCUGAAUAUAAUUACAUAAUAUGUAAAAGCAUGACUGAAGUUUUAUUACAUUUUGUGAUUUUGACAAAAGAGUUCCAAGUAUUAGGGAUUCGAGAAUUGGGAAUGUGGGACUGGCCUUUGGCCGCUACGUUAUGAUAUGCGACCUACGACGAUGGAGCACGCCUACCCAUAAGCAACCUAUUCACUCGGGC